AAGACAAACUUGCUUUUCACUUUUUGAAGGGCCUAGCAAGUAGCAACUGCCAAGUGCCAAGAGCUUUAGUUUCCCUUUCACUUUUGCUUUUUCUCUUUUAUCCCCACACUACUAAGCAUAUAAACAGGAAGAGAAGCCUCCAUUCUCCAAACACAGUGGAUGUGUCAGUGCGUGUAAGAUAGUUAAAGAGAGAUGAAGCAUUUUGCCUUGGUAUUUCUCUUGGCCAUUUUGGUCCCUCAGGAGUGUUUCAAUAUUGUCUUUGUGGAAGCAAGGGAUGGUUUUGUCAGAACAAGAGGCAUCCACUUCACGUUGAAUGGAUACCCUUACUAUGCAAAUGGCUUCAAUGCCUACUGGUUGAUGUACACAGCUUCGGACCCAUCUCAGAGGUUCAAGGUUUCAAAUGCCUUCCGAGAAGCAGCAUCUCAUGGCCUCACUGUUGCUAGAACUUGGGCCUUCAGUGAUGCUGGCUAUAGACCCCUACAAUAUUCCCCUGGCUUCUAUAAUGAGCAAAUGUUCACAGGGUUGGAUUUCGUUGUGUCUGAGGCCAGAAAGUAUGGGAUUAAGCUCAUACUGAGCUUGGUGAACAACUAUGAAAACUUUGGAGGGAAGAAGCAGUACGUGAACUGGGCUAGAAGUCACGGGCAGUAUCUGUCAUCAGAUGAUGAUUUCUUCAGAAACCGUGUUGUUAAGGGUUACUACAUGAACCAUGUCAGGACUGUUCUUACCAGAUUCAACAGGUUUACGGGUAUUCAUUACAAAGAUGAUCCAACAAUCAUGGCGUGGGAGCUUAUGAAUGAGCCUAGGUGCACAUCCGAUCCUUCAGGAAGGACCAUUCAGGCGUGGAUCGCGGAAAUGGCUUCGUUUGUGAAGUGGAUAGACAGGAACCACUUAUUGGAAGCUGGACUGGAAGGGUUUUAUGGACAUUCAACCCCUGAGAGGAAAAGAAUGAACCCUGGCUUCGACAUAGGGACAGAUUUCAUCGCAAAUAAUCGUAUCCGGGGCAUAGAUUUUGCGACAGUUCACUGCUACCCCGACCAAUGGUUAUCGAGUUCAAACGAGCAGUAUCAGCUUUGGUUCUUGAACAAGUGGUUGAGCGCGCACUUGAGAGACGCGCAAUACGCCAUAAGGAAACCGAUUAUGGUGGGGGAAUUCGGGAAAUCGUUGAAGGGUUUGGCAUACGAGAGGGAUCAAGUGUUCAAUUCGGUGUAUUCCAUGAUAUAUGCGUCGGUUAAAAGAGGAGGGGCUGCGGGGGGAGCAUUGUUCUGGCAGCUUCUGACGGAGGGCAUGGAGUCCUUCCAAGACGGUUACGGAAUCGUGCUUGGGCAGAGUUCCUCUACGGCCAAUCUCAUCGCUCGCCACUCUCGCAAGCUGUAUCUCAUUCGUAAGAUCUUUGGCAGGGUGGGCAAGAGGAACAGAGGAUUUUCUGGUGGAAACGGUGGUAACUAACUAACUAACUCAUGCCCCAAUUGGAAGUACACAGUUAAGGCUUGUUUGUGUUGGGGAAACGUCUUUUCUAUACCACUGUUUCCGAGGCUCACCCUCACCAACGGAACAUCACUCAUGCUUAUCUUCACAUGUCUUUUUUUUUUUUUUUUUUUUUUAAUACUACAUA